AUGACUGACGCGAAGUCGACGACGCGCACGCGCGCGCCCGACGCCCUCGACAUGCGCAAAGGCGUGGAAGAGCGCGACCCGACGUACGCCGAGGCGACCGCGCGCGCGCGCGCGCUCGGUCGAACGACGGCGCGCGAUUUUCGCGGUUUCCAUCGCUGCCGCGGUGGCACCGGCGACGAGUGCGGGGGCGCCUGCCGCGCGGUCUGCCGCGCCUGUCCGAUCUGCGCCUACAACGUCUCGUGCGGCGACGGAUGCACGGACGCGAUCUGGUGCUGGUGCGGCGUGCCGGUGCCCGCGCUGUCGUGCGUCACCGCGUUCGCGCUCGACGAGGACGACGGCUCGGGCGCCUUUGUCGCGCGCGACAAGCAACGGCAGAAGAGCUGCGCGUUCGUCCCGCUCGAUCGAGAGACCGGGCGGUACGCGGUGUACGUCGCGCACUGUCGAGGAUGCGGCACGGAGUUCAGGGACGAUUCCGAGCCCGCGUGCGUCGCGGAGGUGUGGCCGCUCGCCGGCGGUUAG